AUGCGAGAAUGGAUAAAGACACAUCCUGUCAAGAUGGACAAUAUUUCACCUGGUCAAAUUGCCCACCAGCUAUUAGCCAAGCCUCAAGAGGCUGAGAUUAGCUUUGAGAAGCACCCUAAAAUGUUUACCCGAUCGGAUGAUGUCAAGUUGGUCCGGUAUCAAAUCAACCCAACUCCGAAUUGGGGCCCAAAACCAAAAGCCAAACGGAAGCGAGACGCAGCAGAUGAGGGCAACUGA